GAUAUGGAAAGUGAGCAACUAGCUCUAAUCGAUGAACUGAAAAACGUAAAAAAAAAGGUCAUAUGAUAAGCUUGUACUGAUAGAUUCAGGCUAAUCAUAUAUCGAUUGAAGAUAAUAUGGAUCCAGAAAAGAUUAUGACACUAUUUAAAUGCUUCAUCUAUCAAUCAGAAUACGUAAGUGACUGAUAAAGUAGUCUCGUUAUUAAGUAUGUAUAGGCUUCAAGAUUAGAAGACUGGACAGGAGGGAAAACGUUAAUUCUUAAGGCUAUUGAGAUACUUUCACCUAUGGCAUCUCAAGAUAAACAAGGAGAGAUCAACCGCUUGCUUUAUUUAGUUAUCGACACAGCAAGUUUGCUUUGCAAUGAUGUGAGGACAAAGUCAACUGAAAUACUAAUGUGGGCCAUGCAAACCAUCGAUAGAAUACUAGAAUGUGGCAAUUGUACAUUUCCUAUCUAUUUUUAUGAGCCUUUGUUUGAUGUUAUAGUGGAAGCAUGUAAAAAAGACGACUAUCUUAUUGCAAGAGCAAAUCAAUCUCUAAAUCUUAUUGAAGUAAUAGACAAAGCACUAAAAGAUGACAAAAAACAUUCCAUCAGAUAUUACUCAACAAAGCUAAUAAUCUUAUUGAAGUCUGUUGAUAUUGCUUCUUAUGCCAAAAUAGUUCAAAAAGAAUAUUUUAAUCUUGUGGAAAAUAUUACAUUGUCAAACGAACAAGACUUGAUUUUGCUAUCUUUUAUCAUAAGAGAGUUAAAUCAAAGUGAAUGCAUCAGUAUUUUGCUUCUCUUGGAUGGCUUGGAUCUGUUGAUUCAUCGAGUACAGAAUGAAGAUGCAUCUGAAGGCCUUCAGAACGAUAGCAGCUUUCUUUACCUUUUCAAGUUCAAUAUUUUAUCUGAGAUGGUUAUUGAAAAUUACAGCAAGCAUCAAGCAAAACUUGACCCAAAUGUUUUGCAAUCAGCUAUUGAUGAUCUUUACUUAGUCAAAGGAGAUGUCAACGAAUUAGAUCUAUCUGCCAUACAAGUAGUCACUUGGACUACAGCUGAUUUUUUUUACAAUAAGCAACUUUAUGAUCAUGCUUUACCUUGGUAUCGAUAUUCUUAUAAUAUCACACAGGUCAACUUUCAAGGAACCAGCAAUUCUGUCAUCGUGACCCAGAAGCUUUCGUUUUGUUAUAUACAAGCAAACGACUACAAUGCUGCCUAUGAAUGUUUCAAGAAAGGAAUAGAAGAUGCAGAAAGAGAUGUAGAACUAGAGGAUCAUUUAUUGCUUUUGAAAUUUGCACUUAUGCAAAAUAUCUGUUCUUUGGAGAAAGCUGUCACUCCAAUUCUAGACAAGAUUCUUGUAUUACAAGAAUUCAAACUUGAGUGCUUUGUAACUAUACUUGAAUACUGUUAUCAGUGUAGUGGUGCAGAAAAGCCUCUUUUAUUCAAAUCGUCCUGGCACGCAUCAUUGAGUUUUACAAAAAUACGACUCAAAAAAUAGAGAUAGAUGCGUAUACCAAGGCCUGCUUCUCUCAUUUACUUGUUCUUACAAUAAGAUGUACUAUUUACAUCAAGACAACAG